AUGAUUGAACCACGCUACCUCAAGACUGUUCUUCGCAGAACAAGCAACUCGUUCGGCUACAUGUACAGCCUGAUGCGCUUUCUUGACAAUAACGGGACCAAGUAUGCUUGGAGGGUUUCUCGACAUGACGAAUUGCUCAUGAUCUCGGAGCCUUUGCGUAGAGACAUUGAUAGGCAGGAAUAUGAUAUGAAGCGUGCGUUAGAGAGGGCUGGUAUUACAGAAUACUUUGAUGUUCUGUUUUGUGCAACUGCGGAUGAUCCCGUUGAAAUUCCUUAUGUGAACCCUGAGGUUUACGGACGGAUUCCUCUCGAGCGAGUAUAUAUUCUCGGAGUGCCAAAGAGGUUUCCCUUCCUCGUUGUGUUCGCACUCAUCAAGGAGAAAUUUUAG